AUGAGUAACUCAAUAUUCCAUAAGAUUAUAAAAAGUGUCAAAGGGCUGAAGCUAAAGACGGACCCCAAUUUACCAGGUGCCAAACAAAAGACGCCAUUAAACAUAAAAAGGUUUUAUUUAUUAAUAAUAUUAGUUAUAUAUACAGCGACCUCAUCGUGCAUAUAUUUUGAUUGGAGUGCUAUAAGAAAUUUAUUAUUACAUGUUGGAAAAUAUAAACAUUUAAAUGUAGAUGAAUAUAGUGAUAUGACUUUAUCUCCUCAAUAUAAACGAAUUAAUGGAUUAUAUCCUCUAACUUUAGCAAUACAUUUUACUACAUCCGUUUUUUGUGGUUUUCUUUAUGAUCAUAUAGGUCCAAAGUUUACAGCAAUAAUAGGGCAGUUAUUUAAUAUUAUUUGUUGGGUUUUAUUAUCAAUAGAUAUAAAAAGUGUAGAUACAACUUUAUGGGGUUUUAUAUUUUUAGGUUUAGGGGCUGAUACAGCUUUUAUACCAGUAUUAACAGUUUCAAAUUUGUAUCCUGAUGCAUCUACAUUUAUUUUGACCGUUAUAGGAGCUGCAGCAUCAUUAAGUUAUGCAGUACCAGCAACAUUAAAUUUAGUUUUGAAAUAUUUUCCAAAUCUUUCUUUUAGUUUUAUUUGUUAUGGAUAUAUUAUACUUAUUUUAAUACCUUGCUUAUUAACGGCAGCAUUUUUAUUACCUUUAAAACCUUUCAAAGCUUUAGAUUACUAUUUAGAAAAAAAUAAUGAAACAACAAAACAUACCAAUGCUGAAGGUAGAAGUAGAACUUCAAAUAAUAUUAAUACAAAUGAAGAGGAUGAAUUUCAAUUUAAAAAUAAUGCAAGCGGAAUGGUAGAUAAAGAUAGUACAGAAAAUAAUAUGAACACUGAUGGACAUAAUUAUUACAAUAAUGGUAAUAUAUCUUCAAACGAUUUGGAAAAUAAUAUACAAACUAACAACAGAAAUAACAACAAUAAUAAUAAUCACAAUAAUAAUAAUAUUAUAAAAAAAAAUACAAAAAUUAGUGAUCAAAGUACAGUAAAAAAAGAUAAAUCUAUAGAUUCUAAUAAAAAUAUAUCACAUGAUGAAGAAGAAUUCCAUAAAAAAAGUAUAUUCCUCUUUUUUAAAAUCUUAAUUAGUUAUCCAAGUGUAUGUGUUAUCACAUAUUUUAUACUUUUUAAUAUAUCCACUGUAUUUUAUGGUAUGGUUACUGAUACAUAUUUUAGUUAUGAUAGAUCAAUUAUAAAUGUAAUUAAUAUCCUUAUGCCCUUAUCUAGUAUCCCAUGUGUUAUUUUUGGAAGAUUCAUGAAUAAAUAUGGAGCUUCUGUCAUUAUUCUUACUAUUAAUACCUUAUCAAUUCUUAUGCAUCUAAGUGCUUUAAUCAAAUUUAGAUUUGCUGGUUUAUGUUCAGCUUUCUUAUAUAUGUGUGUUACAAGUGUUUAUACUAGCCAAAUCUAUUGUUUUAUUCAAAACAGUUUCCCAUCUAUAGUUUUUGGAAAAUUAUUAGGAUUCGCUAGCUUGUGUGGAGGAAUUUUUUCCUUACUUUGUGAAAAAUUAUAUGAUUUAAUAAUAAUAAAUGACAAUUCGAGUAUUGACCCUACAAACAUUUCUUUACUCAUAGUCAUAACAUUCAUUAUUAUGUUCUUACCUUUAAUUGUUUUGUACGUGCGAAAAUAUGAAAGAUCCAUAGAAAAUUUUGGAGAAAAGGAUAAAAUCCCAAUGAAUUGA